AUGGGGGCGGACACAUUCAAUGUAGUCAUUACUGGAGCAAAUAAAGGGAUCGGCAGGGUUUUGGUCGAGGAGUAUCUCUCACGUCACAACACCACUGUAAUCGCAGCAGUGCGCGAUCUUGGCUCCGCUGCGAGAGCCUUCGAGAGCCUCUCUGUUGGAGCAAAAAGAUCUUUGAUUCUCGUGAAAAUCGACAGCAUGUCCGAGACGGAUGCCCAUGAUGCUGUUGAAGCUUUACAAAAGACGUAUGGUAUUGGUAUGAUUGAUCUUCUGAUCGCCAAUGCCGGUAUGGGAAAUGCGUAUGAUGCAGCCGCUUCCACUCCACUUAACAGCCUGACCACUCACUUCCUCGUGAACGCAGGCGGUCCUCUGCUGUUGUUCCAAGCAUUUCGACCACUGUUGCUUGCUGCGUCUGAGUCAAGCGGGCAUAGUAUGCCCAAAUUCGUGGUACUUAGCAGUGCGAUUGCCAGUCUUACCCAAACGGGACAAUUUCCUUUGAAGUCGACUGCGUACGGUGCAUCCAAAACGGCAGUAAAUUUUAUCACCCAGAGGAUCAAUGCGGAAGAAGAAUGGCUGAUCACAUUUCCGAUCAGCCCUGGUUGGGUACAGACAACCAUGGGGGAUACAGCGGCAGGAGUUGUGGGCAUGUCCCAAGCUCCACUAACAGCGCAUCAGAGUGUUAGUGGCAUCAUGAGGGUGAUCGAUGGUGCAAAACGAUCUGAAGCAGCUGAGCGCUUUGUGGACUAUGAUGGUAAUACCAUUCCGUGGUAG